AAUACAUACAUAAAACACAAGCACCAAAACCUCAAAAGAAUCAAAACAAUGUCAUCCUCUUUAGAAUCAUCAAAUCUUCCGGUUCGAGAAAUUCCAGGGGACUAUGGUUUCCCUAUCAUUAGUGCCAUUAAAGAUCGAUACGAUUAUUUCUAUAACCAAGGUGAAGAUGCUUGGUUUCAUAGCAAAGCUGAAAAAUACAAAUCCACUGUUGUCAAAAUUAACAUGGCACCAGGUCCAUUCACCUCUACAGAUUAUAAAUUAGUAGCCUUUCUUGAUGCCACCAGUUUUGUUUACAUGUUUGAUAAUUCCCUUAUAGACAAAACUGAUACUCUUGGUGGUACAUUUAAGCCCGGUAAAGAAUACUACGGUGGUUAUCGCCCCGUUUCAUUCGUUGACACUUCUGACCCGAACCAUGCAGCACUAAAAGGCUACAUUCUUUCUUCGUUCGCAAAGCGACAUAACUUAUUCAUUCCUCUUUUUCGAAACUCUUUGUCUGAUCACCUCUUUAAUAAUCUUGAAAAACAGGUCUCCGAACAAGGGAAGUCGGAUUUUAAUGCCUUGCUUCCUAAUAUGACGUUCGGUUUUAUUUUUCGAUUGCUUUGUGAUCAAACUAAUCCAACUGAUACUGUUCUUGCCGAUCAAGGACCGGUUCAUCUUCGCCAAUGGCUUUUACCUCAGCUCAUGCCAUCCUUGAGCGCGAGGAAACUUCCCAAUUUUAUAGAAGAUUUGAUCUUCCAUAAUUUUCUGAUACCAUUUGGUUUCGUGAAAAAAGAUUACAACAAGCUUGUUGAUGCAUUUAGCAAGAAUGCAGUAUCCAUGUUGGAUGAAGCUGAGAAGCUUGGGAUCAAAAGAGAGGAAGCUGUCCAUAACAUGCUUUUUCUCGUGGGGAUCAAUAUGUUCGCUGGCUUGAAUGCUUUCUUCCCUCAUCUCAUCAGGUUUGUGGGCGAAGCGGGCCCUAGUCUACACACUCGACUAGCUAACGAAAUCAGGACAGCUAUUAAGGAAGAAGGUGGAGCAGUGACAUUAUCAGCCAUCAACAAGAUGAAUUUGGUCAAGUCCGUAGUCUACGAAACGUUGAGGCUUCGCCCACCCGUACCAUUACAGUACGGUAAGGCGAAGAAAGACUUCAUGGUCCAGAGCCAUGAUGCAUCUUACAAGAUCAAUAAAGGACAAUUCGUCGUAGGAUAUCAACCCAUGGCUAGUAGGGACCCCAAAAUAUUCGUGAACCCGGACGAUUUUGUCCCUGAUAGGUUCAUGGGUGAUGGUGAGAAAAUGCUCAAACAUGUUUUAUGGUCUAAUGGAAGGGAAACAGAGAAUCCAGCACCAGAAAAUAAGCAAUGUGCAGGGAAAGACUUGGUGCACCUAUUGGGUAGGUUAAUAUUGGUGGAGUUCUUUAUGAGAUAUGAUACGUUCACCGUGGAAAUUACACCCCUCUUUCGUGCACCAAAUGUUGCGAUCAAGACAUUAACUAAAGCAAGUUGAUUAAUUUUUUAAUGUGUUGGGAGCUUUAUUGAAGUUAUCAAAGUGUGUGUGCAUGCAUUGGGUCUUUUUAAUUGCUUAGUUGUUGAAUUUUAUUAAUUUGUAUUCUAUUUAUUUCCUUUUUAUUUACUUGUUCUUUAUAAUUCAAAUGAAUAAAUGUUGAUUACAGAUUGAUUCAAAAGAAUUAAAAAUUACAAGUUGCAUGUAGUGUAUA